GCGAGAGCGAGGGAGAGGAGAGGGAGGGAGGAGAGAAAGACACACGCAAGCACAAGCACCCCGGCACUGGAAUUCCAUUAGAAAAAAGUGAGCCGAGCAAGGGUUAGCGGGAGAGAUUCUUUUUUUUUUUUUUUGAAUCUUUUUCUUCGUCUUGGUGCCAAAGAAGCGACUCUGGUCUCCCGUCCUAGAAGCUCCUACUGGAUUGCUCCUUAUCCGUCGGUGGAUUUCUUUCCUAUUUGCAUUGAUUUUGACCCCCCUUCCUCGUUGCUUUCUUCUAGCCCUUCACUUUCAGAUCGCCUCGCCCCCACCUCUCCAGUCCCCUCCUGGGAAGUGCAGGGGAAUUGGACCCGCGGGGACUCACGCCUUCCCGGACGCGCGAAGGGCUGGGCUGACCUCAGGACUAGUCUGUUGGCUUAGAAGGCAGCCAGACACAUAGCUACGUGUGUUUGAUUUCAGUGGCAAGGGGGACGUCGAGAGGCAGGCCCACCACCACCCGCCUCCCACCCCACCCCCUCCAGCCAGCAGCCAGAACCCCAGGACUCCGGAUCUUCCACCGGCGGCCCGGCGGGAUCUCCGCAUUGGAUUUGGGGGUCAUUAUCUUUGCUUGGCCGUUAUUAUUAUCGUUGUCAUUUUAUUUUUAUUUUUUAAACCCAAGGGAGAAAGACAGACACACACACACACAACUGUGGGAUUUAUUUAACAUGAUCUUGGCAAACGCCUUCUGCCUCUUCUUCUUUUUAGACGAAACCCUCCGCUCUUUGGCCAGCCCUUCCUCCCUGCAGGGCUCUGAGCUCCACGGCUGGCGCCCCCCAGUGGACUGUGUCCGGGCCAAUGAGCUGUGUGCGGCUGAAUCCAACUGCAGUUCCAGGUACCGCACCCUUCGGCAGUGCCUGGCAGGCCGGGAUCGCAAUACCAUGCUGGCCAAUAAGGAGUGCCAGGCGGCCCUGGAGGUCUUGCAGGAAAGCCCACUGUAUGAUUGCCGCUGCAAGCGGGGCAUGAAGAAGGAGCUGCAGUGUCUGCAGAUCUACUGGAGCAUCCAUCUGGGGCUGACCGAGGGUGAGGAGUUCUAUGAAGCUUCCCCCUAUGAGCCUGUGACCUCACGCCUCUCAGACAUCUUCAGGCUUGCUUCAAUCUUCUCAGGGACAGGGGCAGACCCGGUGGUCAGUGCCAAGAGCAAUCACUGCCUGGAUGCCGCCAAGGCCUGCAACCUGAACGACAACUGCAAGAAGCUCCGCUCCUCCUACAUCUCCAUCUGCAACCGCGAGAUCUCGCCCACGGAACGCUGCAACCGCCGCAAGUGCCACAAGGCCCUGCGCCAGUUCUUUGACCGUGUGCCCAGCGAGUAUACCUACCGCAUGCUCUUCUGCUCCUGCCAGGACCAGGCCUGUGCGGAGCGUCGCCGGCAAACUAUUCUGCCCAGCUGCUCCUAUGAGGACAAGGAGAAGCCCAACUGCCUAGAACUGCGCACCCUGUGCCGCAUGGACCACCUGUGCCGGUCCCGCCUGGCAGACUUCCACGCCAACUGUCGAGCCUCCUACCGGACACUCACCAGCUGCCCUGCGGACAACUAUCAGGCUUGUCUGGGCUCCUAUGCUGGCAUGAUUGGGUUUGAUAUGACACCCAACUAUGUGGACUCCAACCCCACUGGCAUUGUGGUGUCUCCCUGGUGCAACUGUCGUGGUAGUGGGAACCAGGAGGAAGAGUGUGAGAAGUUCCUCAGGGACUUCACAGAAAACCCAUGCCUCCGGAAUGCCAUUCAGGCCUUUGGCAAUGGCACAGAUGUGAACAUGUCUCCCAAAGGCCCCUCAUUGCCAGCUACCCAGGCCCCUCGGGUGGAGAAGACUCCUUCAUUGCCAGAUGAUCUCAGCGAUAGCACCAGCCUUGGGACCAGUGUCAUCACCACCUGCACGUCUAUCCAGGAGCAAGGGCUGAAGGCCAACAACUCCAAAGAGUUGAGCAUGUGCUUCACAGAGCUCACGACAAACAUCAGUCCAGGGAGUAAAAAGGUGAUCAGACUGAACUCGGGCUCCAGCAGGGCCAGACUGUCGGCUGCCUUGACGGCACUCCCACUCCUGUUGCUGACCUUGGCCUUGUAGGCCUUUGGAACCCAGCACAAAAGUUCUUCAAGCAACCCAGAUGUGAUUCCCGCCUGACAAAAUGGAAACACACACACACACACACACACACACACACACACACACAC